UUGACUAGUUGAAACCUUCUAGCUUUCCAUCUCUUCUCUUAGGUUUCGAAAAUCCCUUUCAUACAACUCUGAAUUCGGUACCCUGACAAUCCUAGGAAUGCAUACAUGUGUUGAGGGAAGUAAGCGUCAGUUACCAUCAUGGAUGAUGCAGAAGGUUGGUGCCACUGCCAUCCAUGUGAGUGACUCUGACAAUGCUGUUGAAUCUAAUUGCUCUAUGAAAAAAGUAGACGACAUUGCAGCUUAUGCAACCGAGAAUGAUCCUAAGAGCAGACCUUCCAGGAGGAAAUCAAACUUAAGAGCCAAGUGUGAUGAUGGAAGCCUCAGUAAGGCUACUCAAAAGAAGAAAAAAAGUGCUAAACCUAUUGAUAGAGAUCAGAGAUCUUCUACAAAGAAAAGAAAAAAAUUAGAGGAUCCGAGCCAUGGUUGUGAUGAUAUUUAUCAAGUUCAAGCAUCUAGUGAUGAUGCUGUGGACCUGACGGUUGAAGAUUUGUUGGUGAUAGCAGAACAGUGUGUCAACGAGUAUGAGAACAAGGAUCGAAAAGAAAUAUCAAGUAGACAGAGUGAAUCAAAAUGGGAAUUUCAAGUUACACAUGAAACAGGAACCACUCUUGAUUCCCCUUGUGAGAAAAGAAAUCCAUUCUACACUAGAAAGGAUGUUUUAUCUAAUUCUGCAUCACAAACUGGUGAAGUAAUUGAUACGAGCACCUCUCGAAUAGGUGAUCCUGCCCAAGACAUGCUGAACCUGUUCUUGGGGCCCUUGCUAAGUAAAACUCUUGAGAAGGAGAAGAGCAAACAUAUUGUUGAAAAUGCCAAAAUUACCCAUGAGUUCACUAGGCAAAGUCAAGAUGAACUUCGUGGAGAAGAAAGAGUCCCCUUAAUGAAGAAAAGAUACACCUUGAAAGAUAAGGUGACAAUGUUUCUUGAGCAAGAUUUGUAGAUUCGUCAAACCCAGCAUAUGCAUAUCACAGCAAAAGCAACCAGUUAUUGUUCUUGCAUGACCUAUAACAGUAGUUUCACACCUGUGAAUCAUUUGAUAAUGUAGUGUUAUCCUAGUUGGGCAAAGUCCUCUGUAAUGAUGUUAUUGUAUAUAGUUCUUUAUAAAUGUAAUCACCAUGCCGGGGGGAUUUUAAAACCCAUCUUGACACUGCCCUUUGGGAUGUUACAUUAACAUUACGAUUAUAUCAUAUGUAGAAGAGGAGCAAGCAAGCAAGCAAAAUGUCUGAGCUUUUGUAUUCUCCAAUGAAGACUUUAUUUUUAAUAUUGAUUGAUGGAAGAAGGAAGGAUGCUUAAAAAUAAUAAUUGAAAUAGUUAGGGAAUAUGGAUGUUUAUGUUUGUUUUGUUGUUUUCCAAGUAGGCCUAAUGGUUGCCCUUAUAAAUUUUGGGGUUUGGUCAGAGAAAGGAAGGCGAUUUGUAAUGGUAGUUGCUGCCUAGAUUGUUCUUUUGUGCCUUUUGGCUGCAGAAAAAAUGCUUGCUCUUUCAUGGAAAA